AUGGUCAAAGACAAGAAAAAGGGCAGCGACUCCAAGAAAGCCAAAAAGGCUGAGAAGCAGGCCAAGCAGGCCACCAAAGGCGAGAAAAAGGCCAAGAGCAAGCAGGCCAAGAUCGAAGGCAGCGAUGCCGAGGACGUGGACCUAGACGAGGUGCUCGAGGAGUACCGCCGCGCGCAGGAGCAGUUCCUCAAGGUGACGGAGACGGUCUGCGAGGGGCCGCCACGACCCCGCGCCGCGUCGACGAUUCUCGCCUCGCCGAGCGACACCAACAACCUGCUGCUCUUUGGCGGCGAGUACUUCAACGGCUCGCUCGCGCACUUCUUCAACGACCUGCACAUCUACAACAUUGCCCGCGAUGAGUGGCGCUGCGUCACCUCGCCCAACGCGCCGCUGCCGCGGUCCGGCCACGCCUGGACGCGCGCCGCCAGCCCGCACCACGUCUACCUCUUUGGCGGCGAGUUCUCCUCGCCCAAGCAGGGCACCUUUCACCACUACGCCGACUUUUGGCGCCUCGAGCCCGCCACCCGCGAGUGGACCAAGAUCGAGGUCAAGGGCAAGGACAGGAGCCCGCCCGCGCGCAGCGGCCACCGCAUGACGUACUGGAAGCACUACGUCAUUCUGUUUGGCGGCUUCCAGGACACGUCCAACCAGACCCGGUACCUCGCCGACCUGUGGAUCUUUGACACGGUCCAGUACGUCUGGCACAACCCCGCGCUGCCGCCCGCGCAGCUCAAGCCCGACGCCCGCUCCUCGUUUACGCUGCUGCCGUCGGAGCACGGCGCCGUGCUGUUUGGCGGCUACUCGCGCGUCAAGGCCACGGUUGCGCUCAAGAAGAAGGCCGGAAAGGGCGGCCACGGCGCGACCGGCACCGGGCAGAAGAACGUGCUGGUCCCCAAGGUCCACGAGGACUGCUUCUACCUGCGCAUGGCGCUGCCGGCCGCCGACGCGGGCCCGCUCGCGCCGCCGACGGUGCGGUGGGAGAAGCGCAAGAAGCCGGCCAACACGCCGAGCCCGUCGCGCGCGGGCGCCACCAUGACGCACCACAAGGGCCGCGGCAUCCUGUUUGGCGGCGUGCACGACGUCGAGGCGAGCGAGGAGGGCAUGGAGUCCGAGUUCUUCAACCAGCUGUUCGCGUGGAACACGGAGCGCAAUCGCUUCAUGCCGCUGGCGCUGCGCAAGCCCCGGCAGCACCAAAAGGCCCGUCCGGCGGAGCAGCGCGUGAACCGCCGCGGGCGGGGGCAGGCUAAUGAGGAGGAGCUCCUGCGGCAGCUGGCCGCGCUGGAGUCGGGCGCCUCGCUGGACGACGCGGACGACAUCGAGCUGGACAAGAAGGAGGAGGAUGUGGCGGCGGAGGACCAGGUCCCGGUCAAAGAGAUGCCGGUGACGAUGGAGCCGCCGCACAUGCGGUUCAACGCGCAGCUGACGGUGCAAAACGACGUGUUGUACAUUUACGGCGGCACGUUUGAAAAGGCGGACCGCGAGUUUACAUUUGACGACAUGUACGCGAUUGACCUGGUGAAGCUGGACGGGUGCAAGGAAAUCUUUACCAGACCUGUGGAGGACUGGGUUGAAUCGGACGACGAGGACGAUGAAGACGACGAGUACGACGAUGAGGAAGACGACGAGGAUGAGGAUGAAGAAGACGAAGAUGAGGAGCCCAGCCAGCAAAUUCACACCCCUAGCAAGCGCGGGAAGAAGAGGGAAGACGAUACUGUAUCCGAAACCACUCCAUCUGAGGCGACCGAGGAAGAGGAGGCCGAAACAUCGACUACUUCUGUGGACGAUGGUUUGCCUCACCCAAGACCGUUCGAGUCGCGCCGCGACUUCUUCGUCCGCACGUCGACCGAGUGGCAGGAGAUCCUCAUGACCAACCUGCGCUGGAAGAACAUCCAGCCCGAGACCAUGGCCGUCAAGGAGAUCAAGGCCAAGGCGUUUGAGCUGAGCGAGGAGAAGUGGUGGGACUGCCGCGAGGAGAUCACCGCGCUCGAGGAGGAGCAGGAGGCCGCCGGCAUCCAGGAGGUGGUCAGCCUGGCGGAGCGCGGCGACGCGGGGGCUGAAAAAGUAAAACAAUCAUGGAUUCCAUCUUAUCCGCCGUCUGUGAACGCGUACCUCUCUCUCAACGCCAACGCUUCCCAAGUUCAAAACCGCCUCCCCCAUCAUCACGCACCCUUGUUGUCGCCACCACGCAGCGGCUCCUGCACCACGCCCUCGGCCGACCACGCCGCCUUCUUGCCCGUCAGCCAGAGCACCGCGCUGGCGGCCUUUGCAACGAGUCAGAACGGCUGGCUCGCCAUGGGCGGGUACUGCUUGCCGCCGCGCUCGACGCGGGGCUCGCAGGCGCAGCGCUCGUCGUCGGGGAUGGCGUCCAUGACCAUGGGGACGUGGGCGCCGCAGCCCCACCAGGUGGACUUUUCUGCACGGGAGAAGGAGGUUGUUAGUCGGGAAUGGUGA